CAUGACAUAAACCUCCCUAAUUGUUAUAAAGCACACUGUUUAUAUUAAACAUGCUUCACUGAUUCGAGUAUUUGGCGAGCGCCGUUUUGUCCUACUAAUUUUGGCGGUCCUUGAACUCACCUUAGUUUGUGUCCAUGUAUAACUUUCUCCGACUUUCUAGGACGUGUUUUAUGCCACUUCUUUUUCUGUCUCAUUUUGUCCACCACCCUUUUAACGUGCGUGAAUGCACAAAGAUGGACAGCGAGACAUGAUGGGUGGAACUUCAUGAUGUUGCUUCGACAACCCAACCUCCAUUGACUACAGCUGUUCUACAGUAACGGACGGCUUCCAUCGCUGUACAUGGAGACCGCCAAUUUGGCAGAAACUAAGCCAGGAAGUGAUCUGUGCAAAGUAGGAACCAUCGCCUCGUUUGGGAACGUGGUGUACAGUGAGCUGCUCAACCAACCCUUCUGGCAUUUUGGGAUUCCCUUCAUUACCAGACUGGGUAACCAAGAGGCCCCAGCUCCCCCUGAAGCAAUGGCUCAGCCCUUUCCACCAGCCCAGUACCCUCAUCCCCCACAGAAUGGGAUACCUGCCGAGUACGCCACAGCCCACACUCACCCACCAGCUGACUUUACAGGAUCAAACACGGUGGCGGAACACACCCUAACGCUGUACACGCCGACACAUACGCAAAGCGAACAGCCUGGGAGUGACAGCAACGCCCCUACCCUCACAGUCAACACGGUAACGCAGGCCAACGAGAUUGCACAGUCGGAGGGUUCCCAGAUUCUUCAUCUGCAGCCAAAUGACUCCUUAGAGAAACAGCAGCCCAAAAGACUACACGUCUCAAACAUACCAUUUCGUUUCCGAGACCCUGACCUUCGGCAAAUGUUUGGGCAAUUUGGCAAGAUUUUAGACGUGGAGAUUAUUUUUAACGAGCGCGGCUCCAAGGGCUUUGGGUUUGUAACAUUUGAAACAACCGCAGAUGCCGACCGUGCACGAGAGAAACUAAAUGGUACAAUCGUAGAAGGACGCAAAAUAGAGGUUAACAAUGCCACAGCAAGAGUAAUGACCAACAAAAAGGUGGCGAACCCUUAUACAAACGGCUGGAAGCUCAAUCCAGUGGUUGGAGCCAUGUAUGGGCCUGAAUUUUAUGCAGUCACAGGGUUUCCAUACCCCACCACAGGGGCAGCAGUGGCCUAUAGAGGGGCCCAUUUGAGAGGGAGGGGCCGGGCUGUCUUUAACACAUUCCGUGCUGCACCACCUCCCCCUCCUAUCCCUGCCUAUGGCGCCAGCGUGGUCUACCAGGAUGGCUUUUAUGGGGCAGAAAUAUAUGGCGGAUAUGCAUCUUACAGAUAUGCCCAGCCAGCUGCUACUGCUGCAGCUGCAUACAGCGACAGUUAUGGCCGAGUCUAUGCAACAGCAGACCCAUAUCACCAUACAAUUGGUCCUGCAGCAACAUACAGCGUGGGCACUAUGGCUAGCCUUUACAGAGGAGGGUGCAGUCGCUUCGCUCCCUACUAGAAAGGAGGGAGCCACGCCCCCUUUCCUUCCCCAGCAAAACAAACACAAAUCAAAAAGACACAGCAAAUAAAAUCCCCCCAAAAACAAACAUCUUCUUCAAGGAGCAAAAACAUGCAAUGCUUCCUUCCAGGUGGCAAAUAGAAGUUCCCGCUCUUACAUGAUGUUAUUGAUGUCUCUUGGUAAAUGAAUGUUGAUUUGUGACAGAGGUCAAUAGGAAAGUGUGAUUCUGCUUCUCUGUGUUCUCUCCCCUUUAGAGGUCCCAAUGCACCGCUUUAAAUUUCAACCUACAGUAAAUCCCCGACCUUACCGUUUCACUCCCUCGUAUGCGAUACGAGCAUCAAACUUACAAAUGAGAUUUAUUAUGUAAACGGCACAACCAUUCGGCCGAGAUUCGGAUAACUGAAGCAGCGUUUCUGACUGCCUGCCUUGUUAAAAUACAACUUACAACUAUUCGGCCUAAAGAAGGUGAAAGCGCAACAAAACGUUUCCCGUUAAGCGAUGCAUAAGGCGAGAGGAAUAGAGCGAUCUAUUACCGAAUCUGAAUGCAGCAGGAAGGGAUGUGUGGUGGACGCCGUUGGGAAUGGGGAGCGAGCCAAUUGAUUGUUGGCGCACUGCCAGAGUCAGGUGGUAUCCUAUUACUGCUGAACUGCUUUAAAAGGGAAAAACACAUUAUUGUCCUCCACUGGGGAAAACCGGGGCGGACUAUGGAUUCAUAGUCGUCGGCACAAGUCACAGUUUUCUUUCCAUCGCAUUCAAGUUGUAUGUUUUUUUUUAAAGUAAAUAAGAUCUCAACAUCCCUUCAAUGAAACACCAGUUGAAGUUCAUUUGAUCGGCAGGUGGCAGUAGUGAACAGAAGAUGGUGUAUCUGUGUGGAAUGUACAGUACAUACAGUAUGUUCUUAAAGCUGCGGCAUGUCACGGCCAGGCAGCUGCCUAAAUGCCGUUCGCGAUCUAACGAGCUUCCAGAAUGAUAUCUCGCCCUAUUCCUGGUCUGACCAUGUAACAUAUCGUACGCUCCACUAAUAAAGACUUUGCUGAAAGUAAACAUUUUCAAACCAAAAAAUAUCAAAAGAACACCACCGGCUAGCAUACAUAAUUACAUCCCAUAAAAGGAAUAGGAUACAGUACCACUUCCUGGCCCAGGAGCUGGGAAUCGAUACUGGUACUCAA